AUGGGCAGCCCCCGCGCCGCGCUGCGCUGCCUGCUGGUGCACUUGCUGCUGCUCUGCCUCCGAGCCCAGGAAGGCCCGGGCGGGGGGCCUGCGCUGGGCAGGGAGCUCGCUUCCCUGUUCCGAGCUGGCCGGGAGUCCCAGGGUGUGCCCCAACAGGUAACUGUUCAGUCCUCACCUAAUUUUACACAGCAUGUGAGGGAGCAGAGCCUGGUGACGGAUCAGCUCAGCCGCCGCCUCAUCCGGACCUACCAGCUCUACAGCCGCACCAGCGGGAAACACGUGCAGGUCCUGGCCAACAAGCGCAUCAACGCGAUGGCAGAGGAUGGCGACCCCUUCGCAAAGCUCAUCGUGGAGACGGACACAUUUGGGAGCAGGGUCCGAGUGCGAGGGGCUGAGACCGGCCUCUACAUCUGCAUGAACAAGAAGGGGAAGCUGAUCGCCAAGAGCAACGGCAAAGGCAAGGACUGCGUGUUCACGGAGAUCGUGCUGGAGAACAACUACACGGCCCUGCAGAACGCCAAGUACGAGGGCUGGUACAUGGCCUUCACGCGCAAGGGCCGGCCACGUCGGGGCUGCAAGACGCGCCAGCACCAGCGCGAGGUGCACUUCAUGAAGCGCCUGCCACGCGGCCACCACACCACCGAGCAGAGCCUGCGCUUCGAGUUCCUCAACUACCCGCCCUUCACACGCAGCCUGCGGGCCGGCCAGAGGACUUGGGCCCCCGAGCCCCGAUAG